CUUCUAUAGAAAUUUCCAUUCCCCAUAUACAUUCACUUAUACAUACAUACAUACUCAACCCUUCCCCUCCAAUAAACCCCCUACUUCCAGGGAUAUCAAGCAAGAAAGAAAGAAGAAAACAAAAUGACCACCCUAACCCCCAUCAACCUCCACCACCCCCCCGAAUUCACGCACCUCCAACACCAACGCACCGUCUGCGGAUGGGACUUCUCCUCCGAGGCCCUCCUCUCCUGGCGCGAAAAGCAAUCCGCCGGCCUAAAGUCCUUUUUCUGGAUCACCAUCCCCAACCCCGAUGCUGAAUCUGACCCCAUCCGUGCCGGCCACAUCUCCCUAGACUCCUACGCCGAUCCACCUGACCCGGAACUCGCACGUCCCGAUCGCUCUAUCCUAACUAUCCAGACAUUCUUUAUUCUGCCGGAGUAUCGAGCCGGUGGGGUCGGACGACAGGCAAUGGCCUUGGUGGAGGCAUUGGCAACGACAGAGCCGUAUGGGAGUCCGGGGGGUGAGUAUCUUACGGUGAAUACGACGAGUAAGGAGUAUUUCGUGGAUGAGGGGAAGAGGGCGUUUAUGGAGAGGAUUCGGGGGGAGAAGGGGUUUCCGGUCGUGUUGUGGUAUGAGAGGUUGGGGUAUGUGAGGUGGAAGACCGAGCCGAGGUAUAAGUAUCGGGGUCUGGGGGAGGGGGAGGAGGAGGUGUGGAUUGAGGCGGAUUUUUUGAGGAAGAGGGUUAAGUGA